GAACAGCGUUGGAAACACCUAACCUCAAGAGGUGUGAUGAGAAAUGGCUUUGGGGAACAACACACAGCGAAGUUACUCCAUCAUCCCAUGUUUCAUCUUUGUCGAGCUCGUCAUUAUGGCCGGGACUGUUCUGCUCGCCUACUACUUUGAGUGCACAGACACUUUCCAGGUGCAUAUCCAAGGCUUCUUCUGCCAGGAUGGAGACUUGAUGAAGCCGUACCCAGGAACCGAGGAUGAAAGCUUCAUUCCCCCGCUUAUCCUGUACUGCGUCCUAGCUGCCACUCCAACAGCAAUUAUUUUUAUUGGAGAGAUCUCCAUGUACUUCAUCAAGUCUACCAGGGAGAGCUUGAUUGUCAAGGAGAAAACCAUUUUGACAGGGGAAUGCUGUUACCUGAAUCCGUUGAUCCGGAGAAUUAUUCGAUUUAUAGGUGUAUUUGCGUUUGGCCUUUUUGCCACAGACAUAUUCGUAAAUGCCGGCCAGGUUGUGACAGGAAAUUUGGCACCCUAUUUCUUGACUGUGUGUAAACCAAACUAUACUGGGAGUGACUGCCGAGCAAACCAUCAGUUUGUUAACAAUGGGAAUAUCUGCACCGGCAGCCAGGAUGCAAUUGAGAAGGCGAGGAGAUCCUUUCCAUCCAAACACGCUGCUUUAAGCAUUUAUUCAGCCUUAUAUGCUACAAUGUACAUCACCAGCACAAUCAAGACAAAAAGCAGUAGGCUUGCCAAGCCAGUACUGUGCCUAGGAACUCUUUGCGCCGCAUUCCUUACAGGUCUCAACCGGGUUUCUGAAUAUCGAAACCACUGUUCAGAUGUCAUUGCAGGCUUCAUCUUGGGAAGCGCCGUAGCUCUGUUUCUGGGAAUAUGUGUGGUUCAUAACUUCAAGGGAACACAUGGAGCUCCUUCUAAGUCAAAGCCUGACGAACAGCGAGGCGUGCCCCUGAUGGCAUUUCCAAGAGUGGAAAGCCCCUUGGAGACCCUGAGUGCACAGAAUCAUUCUGCCUCUAUGACUGAAGUAACCUGAAAGAUGGCAAGAGAAGCUAUUUUUUAUCGCCCUCCUCCGUUACAAUACUCCCACAACAACACACAGUUAUACUAAAUGUCAGACUGUGACGACCAGUAUUAUGUUAUGUCUAGUUAGAAGCUAAUGUUUUGUACCUUUUUGUAUCAGGAAGUGAUGUAGCUCGCCCUCCAAUUUUUCCCCCCUUUUUUGGUCAGCUUUAAUAUAUUCAAGUCAGAUUUUAAGACAAAAGAAAAUUAAAAAGAAAGAUCAAAACAAAAAAAAGUUUUUUAAAAAAAUGUGAGAGACCUUUUCAUGUUUGAAAAAUGUGUUCUGAGGCACUACAUCUUUGGGAAUUGUUGAUGUUUUGUGAUAUUUGUACACAGACCUUUUUUGAUUUUGUUUUAUAUACAAUAAAUUAAAUGAUAAUUAUGAUACUAUUUCACCUCUACCUUUUUGUUACCAGGGGAAAUGCUUUCCGGUAAGUGAAAGGACUCAAAUCAGUCCAGCUGAUGCAAUUUUGCAGUAACUCCUGUUUGUUUUAGUGACGUUGCUGUAGAGUUGUCACAGGAGAACUGAAAUCUAUCUCCUUAGGCAUAUGCCGAUGGAAAAAAUGUACGGUUGAAUCCAGAUUCAGCAUGGUUAGGAGAUGACUGUGGAUUAGUCUAUUGUGAACUUCAGUAUGAAUGGGAAUUGGACAGUGGACCUCUGAAUUGUUUUUCAGGAUUUCCGUGCAUCUUGAUGGAGCUUGCUCAGGAAGUUCAUUAAUGGAUUGUGCUCAAAGUGUGCGAUCUUCAGGUGGCUUACUCCAAAAACUGCUUGGUCUUGAAGCACUGUUUCUGUGUAUACAACCUACUCAGUACUCCUUGUGGCUUUUCCCAAUGCUCUGUGCUCAUGUGAACCCACAGACAAACCAUCACAUUUUGAGAACAUACCUUCUUGGAGCCGCUGCCAUGGAAACUGUGGAGAAACUCUGGCCAUUCAUGUGCAUAUGAAAUCCGACAUCACUACCAUGGACUCUCUGAAUAUGUAACUGCAGCAUAUGUGCCAUGGUUAAUGUUAAGAUUUUUGUGAAUUGAGGAGGGAUUUUCCUGAAUUGAGCACCUAGCAAUUUAGUUCCAGAGAGUCAAUGUGCUAGUUAACACUGAUAAGAACUAACACAAUAUUGUGAGAGCUUUUGUAUGGCUACAAGGUGUGAACUUAGAGGUUUGUGCAAGUAUUAUUGCAGUUGUGGACCAAAGAACGAUGGUCUAUGGCAGUGGUUCUCAACCUGUGGGUCCCCCAAUGUUUUGGCCUUCAACUCCCAGAAAUCCUAACAGGUAGUAAACUAGCUGGGAUUUCUGGGAGUUGUGGGCCAAAGCACCUGGAGACCCAUGGGUUGAGAACCAUUAGUCUAUGGUAAGCUCAAGUCCACCCCAGAAUGGGACUUUUUGAAUAAAUAUAUAGACUUGUUUCUUAUGCUCUGCUUAGAAGCAGAAACAUUGUCAUGUAGGAAACUUCACAGACAUGAUCAUCUAGUCAUUUUACCAGAGUGCUACCAAAAUGCUCAUUUCACUGUGUAAUUGAAGUAUGUAACCCUUCAUUUGUGGCAAAUGCAUGCAUAUUAAGACAUGGGUGGCUCUGGAAGUAGCACUUGUCCUUGGACCAAAUGUAUUCAACCCUUAAAUAUGAGAUAUUUGGAACUCAUUGCACCUCAAGUUCUUGAAGUCUGGAGUCAUCAGGGUGGGUCCACCUAGCGUUUUGUAAUAGAAGGAAGUGUAAAUGUUUCAUUGCUGCAUUAUGACAUCAAACAACAGCUUCACAGGCAAAUCAAUUUGUGACUCUGUUCCACUGGUGCUAACCUAAAGUAACACCAUUCAUGUUAACGUGAAUGGGAAAUUAGACCCACGCUGUGUGUGCCAUGUAACCACAUGAAAAGUAGCCUAGUUUGUGCCUAUUCAAAAUUCUUGAAAGCCUCCCUCUUUCCCAGCAAGAGAGGGGCUGAUGGCUGAGCUUUCUCUGCCUUUUGUUAUCUCUAGUGAUCAAUUGCAACUAAUCUUCCCUCUUUUCCUUCCAACUGCCAGGGAAGAUUAGCUGCCAGAAAGAUAAACUGGGAUGUCAACAGAAGGAAAAGGAAGCAAAUCUAAACCUUCAGCCUGCAGUUCUCCUUGUUUGUACAGAGGGAGCCUUCUAGAUCAGCAAGACUUGGUUACUUCUUAUAUGGUAAAUGUAUAAUACGGGCCAGCUUAAAAGAUUUGGGUAUGAUGCCUUUCUCAUAGAAGUGCCUGCUUUGUCAUCACAAGAACAGGCCAUGUCUCCCUUUGUGAGUCAUAAUGUAAUGGAUUUGUAUCCAAAACUUGUUUUCACUUUGCACAGUAUUGUUAACAAAUUGGGUGGGGUGGGGGGAUGAACACUAGUUUUCUGGUCAAUCUUUUUGUCCUUGGGCUUUCCUGUUGCAUCACAUUUUUCUAGCAUGGUUAUAACCCAUCACAUGUUUCUUUUGAGGAAUGAAGCCCCUCUCUGUACUUUUGCUGGAAUGUCUAUCAUGUUUGGUUCAUGGGUUUUUGUAUAUUUUUUCCAAAAGAAAUUGAAAAAAAACUUAUCACAAAA